GAACCGGAUAUUGUAAAUAGCAAGACCCGGAGAUAUUUCCAUCUGACGAGCUCACCGUCCUGCACUAGGUAAGAGUAAGUAUAUCAUAUGCAAGUGGCUGAGAACAGACAUCCAUCUUAUAAAAACUCCUCCGACUUGACCAGUUCCUAUUAACAUCUCCAGACCAAGUACAGCGGCACACAAUGAGUCUAUUAAAGAUCCCCUUCAUCCUAGUUUCCGCCGUUGGCCUCCAUAUCUCGUUGACUGAUCCUUCUUCACCACCGUCAUCUAAAGAGAGGGUGGUUCACUCGCCGCUCGAAUCCUUCAUUGAAUGGUUUAUAAAACUUCGCGGUAUGGGGUUAAUGCAGAUCAUGGCAUGGGCAGCAUCUUCUGCUGAAGUGGCUAACAUCCUGGCCAUGCAUAUAAGUCCCUCGCAUGUUCCAGGAGGCAUUUAUGGCGCUAGAGUUGUGCAGCUUCUGCGCGUUCUUCACCCUACACCAAUCACCCCUGCUUUCAUUGCUGGCAGUAUUUCCAUCGCGAUUGGCGGCGCAUUGAGGCUAUAUUGUAUGGCGACUUUAGGAAAGCUCUGGAGCUUCCACCUCAGCGUCAGAAAAGAGCACAGACUUGUGACAAGCGGGCCGUACUCGGUGGUGCGCCACCCGAGCUACACCGGUCUCCUUUUUCAAGGUAUCGGUGUCGCCAUCAUGUACGGAAGUCAAGGAUCGUGGAUGAGGCAAUCUGGGAUCUUACAAGUGCCUUUUAUUAAAGUAUUAGCAAUGAGUGGCUUUUUCGUAUUUAUCACAGUAACCCCUUGGGUUUCCAUCAGCCGACCUGUACAGGAGGACCAGAUGUUGCAGCGUGCUCUGGGACAAGACUGGGAGAAUUGGGCAAAGAAAGUGAAAUACCGGCUUAUUCCUGGGGUUUAUUGAUGAAAUAUAAUACUAGGCGCUUUGGGCGCACCAGUUUGCUUUUUGUACUUGUACUAUAAUGCAGGGAUCGGUGUUCUAUAGAGUUGAUUAUAUGAUGUACACCGUGUACAGGAACUAUCUGGUGGACCAUCCCACUUUUGUCUAUGAAAUAAUUAUACUGAAGCAAUGAAGCGGUGUACGAAGCAGAUUCUUGCCUCAUUUGUUGUUGCAAUGGACAAUAUCAUUUCGUACAUCACAUAAUGUGCGCGCUCGAUACCAAAAAAGCAAACAAAC